GGGGUAGCCUUGGGUCGUGGGACCGGCUGGUUUAUACUUCCUCUGUUGCUUGUCUCUGGUUAUAGCUGCGAGAGAAAGAGCGGCCAUGGGGACGAGGUGGUGGACCAGGAUGGCUCUUUGGUUGGCGGCAGCGCUAGUGGCAGGUAUUUCUGCUAAUGAAUUCAGCGUAUUAAGAUCUCCCGAAUCUGUUGUUUUCCGUGAAGGAAGUUGGCCCAUACCUGGGGAACGAAUUCCAGACGUGGCAGCAUUGUCCAUGGGCUUCUCUAUUGAGGAAGAUCUCUCUUGGCCUGGACUAGCGGUAGGUGAUCCAUUCCGGCGUCCUCGAGCUACAGUUCUAGUCACAGUGACAGGGAUAGACAAGCUAACACUGCCUAAGAAUGGUAUAUCUUAUCCAGUUGAGAAUGCGGUUCCUUUCAGCCUGGAUGGUGUCGCAAAUGCGAUUCAUACCUUGUUUUCAGAAGAAACCCCUGUAGUCGUACAGCUAGCUCCUAGUGAAGAGAGAGUAUAUAUGGUGGGGAAGGCAAACUCCGUAUUUGAAGAUCUUUCUGUCACGUUGCGUCAGCUUCGGAAUAGGCUGUUCCAGGAUAAUUCCAUACUUGCUUCCCUUCCCCUCAACUCGCUAAGUAGAAACAAUGAGGUUGAUCUGCUCUUCCUGUCAGAAUUACAAGUUUUGCAUGAUAUCACAAGCUUGCUAUCCAGGCACAAACAUCUGGCCAAGGAUCAUUCACCAGAUCUGUACUCCCUAGAGCUUUCUGGGUUGGAAGAAAUUGGCAAACGGUAUGGGGAAGAUUCACAGCAGUUCAAGGAUGCCUCUCAAAUUCUUGCAGACUCCCUACAAAAGUUUGCAGAUGAGAUGUACAACCUCUACGGUGGGAAUGCAGUGGUAGAGGUGGUGACUGUGAAGACGUUUGACACUCCCUUUGUGAGGAAGUCACGAUCCAUCCUACAGACCUCACAGAGCCAGACUGAAAAUCCAUAUAACCUAGGAUAUGCAUACAACUUCGAUUACGCUGUUGUUUUCAACAUAGUUUUCUGGAUCAUGAUAGGCCUUACUAUAGCUGUGAUUGUCAUCUCCUACAAUCUCUGGAAUAUGGAUCCAGGCUACGACAGCAUCAUUUAUAGGAUGACCAACCAGAAGAUUAGGAUGGAUUAAGCUUCAGAUUCAAGCCUAAAAGGAGUAAGGCUUCUUCCAGUGCUGUGGCAUGGUUUAGUAUGGACUUCUGAGUGCAACUAUUUCUGUGAAGUAUCCCCUUGUGUUUUCAUUGAGGAUAUAUUUAGAAGGUUAGCAGUGGGCAUAGUCAAGUUUGCAGAGCUGAAACUGCACACUGCUUUGAAAUCAUGAGCUAACUCCUAUUAACCAUAUGUAUAAAUGAUUCCAUUUUUGUGGCUGUGCAAUAUGCGUUGAGCUCUAGAGAUGCUUCCCUGUAUUGUGUGACUAAAUGUGUGAAACAAAUGCACUGAAAGUAUGCUAGCAACUUGCUUUGUUUUAAAUUCUUUACACCGGAUGUCUAAGAUGUCUUCCUGGGACAGUAUUGUAGAUGAGCAGGUACUGGUUUUGUUAAUGUAAAUAGUUUACAUUGCUGUUUGUAGGGAUUUUGUGUGGUUUAUGCUGCACCUUCCAUAUAGAAGCUCCUUUAACUAGAACUAGUCAAAAUGGAACCUGGCUUAUGUAUGUAUACUUGUGAGCCACCCUACAAACAUGGAUGUUUUUUGUCUAAAUGUUCUGUACAGAUCUGGAACAAGAAACAAAAACACACAUUUUGCCACAGUAGCAAGCAGUAGUUAAAUGUUGUUGGAUUGUUUCAAUGAUCUCGAUUAUCAAGAUCCUGUUCCAUUCAAGCCUCUCCCCUUACAGUGUGAUUGUGGACCAAUCGUCAAAUGGCACAUGGUGAUUGCUAAUCUUUGGCAAAUUCUAUGCCUCUGAUAGCUGCCAGCUUCAGCUCUCUGUACAUGUUGCAGCAACAACUAGAAGAUGUUUCCCAAUGCAUGCUGAAACGCGAAUCAUUCAAAUGGUUGUUGUAUGCCCAACUGCCAUACUUUUUGGGUUGGAUAUUGUCAUAUGUAGGAACUUGAACCAUUUUUCUUGCAUUAGUAACUCUGAAGAGUAUGUGAGCAGGCUUUGAACUAAAAAAAAAGUUAAAAGUACACUGGAAGCAGUAAACUUAGAAGCUGUAAAGGCUUCAGAGAUGCUUCUUACAUCAAACUAGAGGUGUUAUGAUGGGACUACCGUCUAUGUAUUCUAGAUUCUUCAGCUUUAUUCUCCAUUACCAUAAUACUGAUCAGCUAGCCCAUAGGAUAACUACAUCGCCUCUACCAAGCAUCAUGUCUUAACGUGCAACAUGUUCAGCUGUAUAAAGGACAUGGUCAGAAUCUCCAGCAUGAAGAACUCAAUAUCUAUCCUGCCAAUAUUGUAGAUCAGGGGCUAGAUUAAUGCUCCUAUAAUCUCUGCCCAUUGGCCAUGCUGGCUGAGUUUUUAUGGUAUUUGUAGUCAACCACAGCCCUAUCUACCACAGCCCUAUAAAUAGUUCAUCAUAUACUUAGGAUAGUUGGUCAGUUGACAAGUUAAUCAAUUUCAUUAAUUACAUUAACUCAUUGGAGAGUUUGUAAUAGCUUGUGAUUUGGCUCAGUUCAUAUUAGGUGAUUUACUACAUUAGUAUGUGAACUAAACUGUCACCUUAUUAUAGAUGAGGAUAUUUAACUUCACCCUAGAUUUUUACUGCAACAGAAGCCACUAUGCUGCAAAUAAAUAUCACCUCUACCUAAACCUUGCACUUAAGUCAAAGCAUGAGAGGGGUGGUUACCAGUGUACAUUAACCAUCUGCUUAUUUAGGUGAAAGAUAUAUUUACACACACAGCAUAUCAAAAAUACUUGAAUUUCAAUGGAGAUAAUCUGUUUUAGUGGUAGAUUUUUACAUCACUUUUCCUGCUUUAGUGUAUAAUUUUCUAUAUAGAGGACUGCUGAAUGAGAAGUUAGUUUCUGAUUUGGCUAAUGCCCUUCACUCCAAAACAAAUAAAUUGCUCACAGUGAUUAUUGGAUGCGUAGAGGGUUUGUAGGAACCCUGAAGACCAGUAAAUCAAAGAUCACUUUCUUCUAAAACUAGUAAUGGAUGAUCCCAAAUGAGAGCUGAAUUGAAAACAAUUCAGUAAUAGGCUAAUCCAUGCUAGAGUUAGGUCUAAACCCACUGAUUUCAAUUAACUGUAUGCUCUCUGUCUAUAAAUGGUCUAAAAUUCAAGUUUUUGUUACUCUGGAGCUGGAGGCCAUAGAUUAGGCUCUACUAAUUCAUAUUCUGUGGCAACAUGAGGCUUUAAAUGGGCCCUGAAGCAGAUGAUUGCUCUUAAGGCCCAUUGCAAAAUCACUACUACCCUAAUACAUUAAUUUCUAUUGGCCUUGAAUGUGGCUAGCUUCUCUGUAUUACUGCCUUAGUGUGGAAGGAGUCCCUGGAAAUUCUGACACAAAAGAUAUUGAGACAGCUGACAGAAGAACAAUAUUGUCCUAGUACUGCCUUGACUGCUUUGUUAAGUUAGACAUCAAGGAUAACAAAAGAAGCAAAAUCUUAACAAAUGAAAUUGCAUUGUAUAGUUGAUCAACCCUUGCCCUUUAUAUCAGUUUGUUCAAAUCUAAAACUUAAGAUCCAGUCACUACUUGGCUGUCUGAAUCUUAGCUCUCUAGUUAACCUAAAAAAAUAUUUUAAUACCUUUUCCAUUGUCUGUCUACCCAAACAAUCAUGCAUGCAUUAUAGGAUGUUCUCUAAUUUGUGUGGCAUAAUAAAUGUUUGACCUUACCAAGAA